AUGAACAUGGCGGAGGACUCGGCACAACAAGUGUUCAUAAAGUAUGCGAGCAUAGGAAAAAAGGGGAUAACACUGGCAAAUGCAACACUUGAUGGAGCUAAAUUUGCAAAACUUUGCCGGGAAAGUAAGCUUGUUGGAGGCGCCCUGACUCCCAUGGACGUAGAAGGCAUUUACCUGCGUCUAUCUAAGGGAUUCGGGAGAUUGGACUACGAACAUUUUUUGAAAGCGCUCGGCGAGAUUGCAAACAUCAAAAAGGUCAGCUUGGACGCCCUCCUUAACAGGCUGGCGGAGAUGGACUCAGUCAGCGGCGCCGCCAGAUCCGCGGUGCCCGCUGUACGACAUCUCGAGGACAGGGGGCUCACAAAGGCGGUGAGUGGGUUGGGGGUAAUGGUGGUGGUGGUGGUGAUGGUGGUGAUGGUGGUGAUGGUGGUGAUGGUGGUGAUGGUGGUGAUGGUGGUGAUGGUGGUGAUGGUGGUGGUGAUGGUGGUGGUGAUGGUGGUGGUGGUGGUGAUGGUGGAGGUGAUGGUGGUGGUGAUGGUGGUGAUGGUGAUCCGGAAGAAGGUUCCGGCGGAAGAAGGUUCCGGCGGAAGAAGGCAGACGGACAGACAGACAUUACGUCUGACCCUUCACGCACGACACCACGUCCCUAACACCACCUGA